AUGUCACCUACCGCGCCUUCCCACCAAGGAGUCCAUCCUUCAACUUCAGGCAACAUCAUUCGAGCUGCUCUUGCCUUCGAAUCCGUUGUCACAGUCGGUGUUGGCUCCUACUUCAUGUUCUUUCCACGCCACUAUUUGCUCCGCACGAUGGGUGCUGCUGCUAGUCAAGUUACGACAACAGCACUACAAAUGACUCAGCAAUAUGGCGCUGCAAACAUCCUCGUUGGUGUCGGAGUUGGUCUCUUCAUGUCCAACACCCAAAUCGCGAUCGAAUCCCGUCAAAUCUUGUAUCGCACCGUACUGGUCUUUGAGCUCUCGUAUAUACCACUACUGGUAUGGCAAGCGUUCAUGAUGGAUGGGGGCAUGCCACAAAACUCGUUACUGGUUACAGCAGGGCAAUUUGUGCCAUUCGUGGUAUGGAGAAUUUUUACACUUUGUUGUAAGCCUGUGUGGUUUGGACGGUAUCAAGAGAGGAAGAAGGUGGAGUAG